GUCUUCUUGCGAUUAGCAUUAAUCGGGGUUGGUGAAAAAGGUCAUUUUACUCGGUCAUUUUACUUCCACCAUGCUCCUUGCAUGAAGUACAACAAAAAACUGUUGCAAACAUCAAUGAGUCAAUUGGUAUUGGUCGGUUAGCUAACGUUAGUUUCUCGCAACGCUAUAACUGGCUAUAACUGGACGCUGGCCGCAACAGUCUCGACGCGAUUACAUAAUUUCCCUCGAGCUUCGUGCAGGAGGCUCUCCAUCUCGCAUUUCCGCCGAGCUACGGAGAGCUAGUCAGUCCCACCAGAGCUAUCCUCGCUACCAGUUAGUGAGCAAUGGCAGGCAGACUGUUUGUGAGUUACUUGCGACCUGUUAUUCAAAUCCAAAGAUGCGGACUGAUGACAAUGGACAAAGUUGGUAAUAGGGAUGUAAUCGGUUUCGGAUACAAUGGCGAACCUACUUACUUGGAUAGAACUGAUUUUCCCUAUCCUGCGAUACGCUGGAAAGAAAACACCCCUGAUAUCAUGGCACUGAGAGAGAAGGAGAAGGGAGACUGGAAAAAACUAUCGAUCGAGGAGAAAAAGAUUCUGUAUCGUGCCAGUUUCCGCCAAACAUUCAGCGAGAUGGAUGCCCCGACAGGAGAAUGGAAGGGCAUCUUGGGAUUGUCCUUGCUAAUAUCGAGCGCCGGCAUAUGGCUGUAUUUGUAUUUCAAGACAUUCGCUUACCCGCCUUUGCCUGAAACAUUUUCGCUGGAGAGACAAUUGGCGCAAUUGGAUCGCAUGAAGAAACUUGACAUGAAUCCGAUCGACGGUCUCUGCGCUCGAAAAUAAAUUAAUUAAAUUUACCCUGCUACUAAUUACUUAGUCAUCAUGUACAGUAUCUCGUUCUCUGAGCGCUUGUGUAUAUAUAUAUA